AUGGGAGCUGAGCACAGCACACAUUCGUUCUCCUCCAGUGCCUUUGAGCGAGGCGAGGCCGCUUGCCUCGCGGAAGAAGGACAGGCGCAGGCGGGUGUGUCUUCGCUUCGGCGCGUUGCCGCCUCGAAACGGUAUAACGGCCGCCACAACCCAUGCAGCUCGGUCACUGCGUGCGGACGUGUCAGCAAAAAUGCUCAGUCUGCAGGUGGGAAAGUUCCUGCCGGCGAGGAGGCGCCCGCGGCCUCUGCGGGCCGGGGCCUCGUUUCACUUCUGCCUCUCAAGGAGAAAAAGCCAACAGGGAUCCCCCCGCCCCGGCAGAGAGUCGGCGAUGGCGAGCUGGACAUUCUUCGCACUAGCGGCAGACGGAGCGAGAAGGUGUCCAGAAUUUUCGCGACUGCGCUGCGGAAAGCAGUUCAAGAGAACAAGCCGGGGGCAGUCGCCGCGCUGCUUCACGAGACACCACAAGCAACGCAAAGCGGCUUGUUGUUUGGCGGAGAUUCCGACUGCCUCGUGGUGAUGAACGACGUCGUGCGGCGUCGCGACCCAGCGCUUCUGGCGGCUUUUCUUCGAUGCCAGGCCUGCACGCCUGAGCAGAUCUGGCCGUGUGGCGUCCCCGGCUGCCACGGGCCGUCCGUCGCGGCUCUCUUUGCGCCGGAGAUCGUCGGAGACUCCUCGAAAUGCUUCUCCCACACCGCGGACAAACUGCUUCUCCCUUCACCUGCCUCGGCGCCUGCCUCUCGACAGCCGGCCUGCGUGCGCCAGUCAGAGUCUUCCCUCACGCUCUCCGACGGCGCGGUGGCGCCGCCCGCGGGGCCUCCGUCGCAGCUCGCGAGCCAGUACACGUACCUGUAUCUGCCUGCGCCGCCCGCGAGGGGCGCGGCUGUCUCCGUCCAUCCAGAGGCCGCCGGGAGUACCGCGAAGACCGCGCCGAAGGACGACCUGCGAGCGGCCUCCGCUUGGAGGCUGCUGGGAGGGAAAACGCUGUCGUGGUACGGGAAGAAGAGAACGCCGCCUGCGAGGGAGAGUCAAGAAGGAAAACGGGUUCUGCGAGCUCUCACGCGACAAAGUGCCUUGAGGCUCGGGGACGCGAUUCUCCUGGAGGGCGACGCUCGGUGCAUAGACGUCAUGCUAGACUGCAUCAGGAGGCCAAGUUUGUUUCUCGUCGCGGCCGCAGCCACAGCCAGCGUGGAUACCGUCCAGAGACUCCUGCGCAGAGGCGCGAAUCCCAACACAGUCGUGCAUGGCUUCAGUCCGUUGAACGUCGCAGCCUCUUCGACAGUCUCCCCGUACGAAAAAGUCGAGCUCCUGCUGCGAUAUGGAGCAGCGCCGGAUUUUCCUCUCGUGCCAGUCGCCGCUCCUUCGCGCACGCGGGCUGCCACAGAUCCGCCACAUGAAGUCCCCACUGUCGCCGGCUCCGAGGACUUGCCUGCGCUCAUGCACGCGGUCGUGACUGGCGAUCUCAGCCUUGCGGAACUCCUCCUCGAGCAAGGCGCCGAUCCAAACAUCUUCGUUGAGGCCUUGGGGCUGCCGACACCGCUCUUUCAGGCUGUUUUCUGGGGUGAUUUGAAGAUGGUGAAGUUGCUCUGUGCGUACGGAGCUGAUCCCAGCAUUGCCAAGCCGAGUGGAGAGAGCGUGCUUCAAACCGCGAGCCGGGCGCUGCAGUUUUCCCUUCUCCGGAAGCCGAGGCACAUCGCAAAGCUGCCUCUUCCGCGCUCGUCGCCUGCGCUGUGUCGCCAGAUUCGACGCAUUCUGGAGGACUCUUACGCCGAGCGGUCGGCUGCAGCUCGGACCGCAGUCGCGAGCGGGCGUGCAGCCGCGACUGCGGCGGCGCCUGAGGCGCGCACAGCCCGCAGGACGCAGCUGGGUUUCCGCAUGGCUUGGGAGAGUCGAGUGUUUGCUGAGGAGACGUGCCGUGGGUCGGGACAGCGCGAUUCGAAAGAGAAAAAAGGCGCAGGAGAGAGGGAAACAGGGAAGCACGAGACGGCCGCGGACGCCGAGGACGCGGAGACCGUCACGGGGACUCCGACGUCAUCGUGUCGCUCGCUGGAGAAAAGCCUGAAGGAGGAUGAAAAAUCGAGAGUCGGGAAGGCCUCUCCUCCCGCAACUGGCCGCAGUCAGGGUGCCGCGAGAAAGCCCAGUGAGGGGUGCCAGGUGUCGAGGCGAGUAGACAAAGACGGAAAAAGCGCCUUGGGGAAGGCGGCGGCGCCGAGCAAGGUGCCUAUCGGCGGAAGGGGGCUCUCCCUGGCUUUCAGUUUGAAAGACGACGGGUCGUACACUGUCGAGAAGGUCGAUGAAAUGUGGGAGAGGGCAGGCUACAAGAGCUGA